AUGGUUCUUGUGACAGUUUGUAAUGAAGUCUGUAAAGUUAAAGUAAAUUCAACAAAUCGGUGUAUUGAUAAUGGUGCAAUCAAACAUGUCACAAAUUGUUUAGAUUUAUUUGUUGAUUUUCAAACAUUUAAAACGCCCUGUAACGUCAAAGUGGCUGGAAAGGAAACUUGCAAAGCAGUUGAUCAAGGAUCAGUUAGAGUUUUGUCGAAAGUUGAUGAGAAAAUUGAAGAACUAAUAUUGAAAGAUGUACGGUAUGUUCCAAAUAUUACAAAAAAUCUUUUCUCUAUACUGGUAGCUCAAGAUAAAAAUCCUCUAAGUACAUUAUUUUCUACAACAACAAAAUGUUGGUUGAAAGCUGAUUGA